AUGGAGUUGAACCGUGGGCAUUUUCGCGCGAUUACUUUCUACAACUUUCGACGUGGACUAACUCAACAGCAAUGCAUGGAUGAACUUGGUUCAAUUUUUGGUGAUGAAGCUCCAUCCAGGAUCAGUGCUUAUCGAUGGUACAGUGAGUUCACCCGAGGUCGUAAUUCACUCGAAGACGAAUUUCGUGGAGGUCGUCCAAAAUCAGUUGUCGUUCCGGAAACAGCUCAUGCUGUGCACAAACUAAUACUGCGAGAUCGUCAUGUAACCUAUCGUGAGAUUGAGGCAACCUUGAUCAUUAGUGGGACUAGCUUACAUUCAUUUUUGCAUGAACAUUUCACUGUAAAAAAAUUUGUUGGCGUUGGAUCCCACGCCACGUCAAUGCGAGCUCCAACACAUCGGCUCAAACAACCGCAUUUUUGA